AGCAAACACCAAACACACAUUAAUAAUGUACACUUAAUUAACAUGUACAUUUGCGGUAGAUACAACUUGUAAGGUGUCUUAACAAAUAAGCCAAACGUUGUUUGACCCUCCUUUCUCUCUCUUAAGAUUCCAUUUUUCAUACUUUUCUCCCUCUUCUUCUCCAUUUUUUCACCCAUCUCCUGUUCAAUCCCCCAUUAAUCACUUAAAAAUCCAAUCCUUUUGCUCUAAAUCACCAAGAUUUGUUGUUUUAGUUAGUAAUUUGAGAUGGGUAAUUGUUGUAUAACACCCUCAGAUUCAUCUAAGGAGAAGAAGAGUAAAGAUAAGCCCAACCCAUUUUCAGGUGAGUACGCUGGCAACAAUGGUUACAAAUCAUCUGUUCUUGAAAACCCAACUGGCCAUCAGAUAGAGGAGACUUAUAAGCUUGGUGCUGAACUGGGGCGUGGUGAAUUUGGGGUCACUUAUUGCUGUACAGAUAAGUCUAGUGGUGAAGUGUUGGCUUGUAAGUCAAUUUCCAAGAAGAAGCUGAGGACUAAAGUUGAUAUUGAGGAUGUGAGGAGAGAAGUUGAGAUUAUGAAGCACUUGCCUGUUCAUACUAAUAUUGUUACUUUGAAAGAUACUUAUGAGGAUGAUGAAGCUGUUCAUUUGGUUAUGGAGUUGUGUGAGGGUGGGGAGUUGUUUGAUAGGAUUGUUGCUAGAGGUCAUUAUACUGAAAGAGCUGCUGCUGGUGUUACCAAGACCAUUGUCGAAAUUAUUCAGAUGUGCCACAAGCAUGGGGUAAUGCACAGGGAUCUUAAACCCGAGAACUUUUUGUUUGCAAACAAGAAGGAAACAGCAGCCCUGAAGGCGAUUGAUUUUGGAUUGUCGGUGUUCUUUAAACCUGGUGAGAGAUUUAAUGAGAUUGUUGGAAGUCCUUACUACAUGGCUCCAGAAGUGCUAAGACGAAAUUAUGGUCCAGAAAUAGAUGUUUGGAGUGCUGGAGUAAUCCUCUACAUCUUACUAUGUGGUGUUCCACCCUUCUGGGCAGAAACUGAACAAGGAGUUGCACAAGCUAUCAUACGAUCUGUUGUCGACUUUAAAAGAGAUCCUUGGCCUAAGGUAUCUGAUAAUGCAAAAGACCUUGUGAAGAAGAUGCUCAACCCUGACCCGAAGUUGCGGCUUUCUGCUCAGGAAGUGCUUGAUCAUCCUUGGAUACAAAAUGCCAAGAAGGCCCCUAAUGUUAAUUUGGGUGAAACUGUGAAAGCAAGAUUAAAGCAAUUCUCAAUGAUGAAUAAGCUCAAGAAAAGAGCUCUGCAGGUGAUUGCUGAGCAUUUAUCAGCUGAAGAAGUAGCAGGCAUCAAGGAGGGAUUCAAAGUUAUGGAUAUUAACAAUAAGGGGAAAAUAAACAUUGAUGAAUUGAGAGCGGGGUUGCAAAAGCUUGGUCAGCAGAUCCCUGAUGCAGACCUUCAAGUUCUUAUGGAUGCUGGUGAUGUUGAUAAAGACGGGCACCUGAACUAUGGAGAGUUUGUAGCAAUUUCUGUCCACCUGAAAAAGAUGGGCAGUGACGAUCACAUUUAUAAAGCAUUUGAGUUCUUCGACCACAACAAAAGUGGAUACAUAGAGAUCGAAGAGCUAAGGGAGGCCUUGGCUGAUGAAGUUGACACCAAUAGUGAGGAAGUCAUCAAUGCUAUUAUUCAAGAUGUUGAUACAGACAAGGAUGGACGCAUAAGCUACGAAGAGUUUUCCACGAUGAUGAAGUCUGGUACAGAUUGGAGAAAAGCAUCAAGACAGUAUUCACGAGAUCGGUACAAUAAUCUAAGCUUGUCACUCAUGAGAGAUACAUCAGUGAAGGUGAAGGAUGAGAUCAGAUAGCUCCGCGACAUAUUAUACCUCCGGUAAGACUGGAGUUCUAACGUGUCCUUGAUCGAUUAAUUUUUUCUCGGGUUUAUAAUUAUUUUUUUGGUAGACCCUUCUCUAUCGGGAUAACUAGAAUGCAGGUCCCAGGUGUUUAUGUUAUUUUGAAGUGUUGUGUAUUUUCAUUUGUUUGUGGGGAGAGCUAGUUGUUUAGCGGAGUUUGAUGGAGGGUUACAGAAGGGGGGGUUUAUUUGUGGGUGUAAAUAAGUUGGCUAUAUUUCCACUCUGCACUAAAAUUGUUUCUUUGCUGAUUUCCUUUUUACCUUGGUUGCUUGAAGCAUUUCUGCCCAUUUGGUUUUACCAAGGAAUGCAAUUGUCAUCUGACUUGGGGCCAAGUCAUUUUCUUUUC